CAAUAUCCUUUUUUCAGUCACAACUUAGCUACCUAGAUAUUGCUUUCUCAUGUACGACGUUGUGCUAUUUGCAUUUUUGCAAUAAAUAAUAAAGCACUGUAUUUUGAACGUCAGAAUCAAGGAAUAAUAGAAAAAACACGACAUUGUUUUCGGAUUUAAUAUAUACAAGAGUUAGCUAUGAAAUCGAACGCGAAAUAGUUUUUAUAAUGGAAAAACCUAAAGUGCUCUCGGGUGAAGAGUUAGUAGCUAAAGGCAUAACCAAAAUAGAUGCCUCUUUACCUGAGGUAGGGUUAAAAGAUGUCUUGCCAAACGGAUCCUGGUUAGAACAGAAGCAAAUACAAGCUGCUUUGGAAGCGAGGAAACAUCUGAUUGAAGUUGAGAGGAUUGAGAAAUGUGGUACAUUGAGUCAUGCUGAAUGGCGAGAUGACAUCAAAUUGGCUGAAGUGACACAAAAGGUUGGCGGUCACUGGCAAUACCUAGGUCACAAUGUUGGGAAGACCCUCUAUCUAAGACCAGAAGAGGCAUUAUUUCUAAUUGAAGUUAACUCUCUACUACUAAAACACAAUAAAGUGACAGUAUCAUUACAAAAGGCAUAUUCACUACUGCUUCAAUCUCCAACAUCCAUGGUUCAAUACAAAGUAUAUGCCUCACUAAGCAGAUUAGGAUACAAGGUUUUUAAACAUAAAGGUCCCAACACAACACUCAGCAAUAAAAAUAACUCACCAUCAAUAGAUAAUGUGGACUCACCUUUACUAAAGACAAUCAUUGAAAGUGAUCUAACAGAUUCGCCAUCAUCACUUAAAAUAAAUGAACCAAACAUUGAUUCUCCAAGCACACAAGACAGUCAGACAACUGAAAAUAAUGAAACAAUUAAAAGUGUAGAAACAAAUGAAAAUCCUGAAACAUGCAAAGGUAGUAAAGAUGAAAAUAAUGCAGCAAAUGAUUUAAGCAAUGAAACCAUUCCUGCAAAUAUGGAUGUUGAUGAGAAUAUAUCAAAUGUAGAUAGUGUAGCGCAUAAUGAUAUUCAAGAAACUUCUAGAGGUGUAGAAAGUGAUAUCAAUUUGGUUGGAGUUACAGUUGAUAAUGAAGCUGAAACUGCUGAAAGUAAUGUUCAAUCUGAAGAAAUGGAUGUGUCUAUAAACGGUCAGGAUAAAGCAGAUUCUGGUAUCUUAUUAAAUGACAAUCAAAUUGAUAAAAUUAAUGCCAAUAACACAAGUAAAGAAGUGAAUACAGCUUCAGAUAUUGAAAUGGCUACCACAGGUGAACUAGUUUCAACUCAAGACUCAAAUGAAGGGGGUAAACGCCUAGUAGCUGAGGAAUCGUAUAUCAGGGCAUGUGCCCCAUCAGCUGUAGCAACAGACUCAGAUCACAAAAACAUUUCGGAUAGCAUUAAAGCAGAAGAAAUCAUGAGUAGCAAUGGUGUUGAAGAAAAAAGUAACACUACAGCAAACAUUUUAGAAGAAAAGUGCAAUAAGGAGGAAAAGUACUUGGUUUAUAAUUAUUUAAGCAAAAUAGACAAAUUAGAAAGUAGAAAAGUUCCACCGAGUGACUCAAAGAAUAUACAGAAAUAUUUUGACAAUAUUCCUGAUUUAUAUAAGAAACAGAUUGUAACAGUGAACGUUCCUGAUAAGAAAUACAUACCGCAAGAUAUAUUCGUGAAUUGUACGAGCUACUUGGUAGACUUGCAGUAUAUAAAGGAAAGAUCGAGAAGAUCUGCUUCAAGCGAGUCCGCCUACACCAGUUCUGACGAAGUCAAUGGGACAAAUGUCAGAAGAAUUAGAAGUGGCUCGAGUGCCGAAUACCCACAAUACGUAAGCCACUUAUCACCCAUACGAAACCCAGUAAUGCCCAGGAAUAAUUAUUACCGAACCUUUGGCAACUGGCGACCCAACAACACUUUUCACUACUACCAAUUCAACAUGAUAUUCCAUAGACCGUCCUUCCCCAAUAUGUUCUUUCCAACUCGUACUCAAUACCAUUCGAGACCGCAUCUCUUUAUUAAGUCGCCUAUGAAUAAUUUAGUCAAUCAAGGAUCCAAUUUGUCCAGUAACGCUCGUAAGAGAACAAGAAAUGGAAGGACUGCUCAUUUACAAAGUAUUAAGAAUUUAGCUGUCAGACUGAAACAAAUGGUCUUGUCAGGCAACACACAAUUACAGAACCUCGAAUGCCUUCAUAGUUUACUUCACUCAUAUAAUGUAAGAUAUAAAUCUAAGUUAAGGUUAACUGAAACUUUUGAAGUGGUAAAUGAAGAAAGAAUAAUAGAAACUAUAGAAUUAGAUGAUGAUGAGGAAUCGAAAAGCAAAAGACCUAGGUUAGAUAAAGAGCGGAGUGAUAAAAGUGAUGAAAACUUGUAUAGACUUAAACAAUUCGCUUUAAGGUUGAAAGAUCUUGAAGCGAAGGAUAAAGCAACUGCUAGUCAUAGAAGAGCUAUUUCUAAAGCAAUCAAAACUUAUAAUAAGUCGUAUAAUGCUGACAUUUAUCUAAACGAUAAUUACGAAAUCAUUGAUAGAAGGUUCAUCACGCUAGAGUCUAGUUCCGAAUCAGAUUGUGUUGUUGAAGAGAAACCGCAACCUCAAAAGUCGAAGAAACUAAGAAAUCCAUUUAACAUAUUGAAGCGGCGUUCAGAGAGGUUAAAGUCUCUUGGUAAUCCGGGGACUAGCAAAGAAGGCACUGAACUGACUGAUACGAAUAGAACUAAACCAAUCUCCGUGGACACCGAUAGUGACAAAUACAGUGACUCAAUAGUAACAAGUUUUAAUGAAGCUUGGCUGCCAAACAAAGAUGACUUUGGCAGGGCAGAAGUUGUGCCCAAACAUUUAAUGAACGUUCGCCUUAUAGAUAGUAGUAAAGAACAAUUCUUAUACGACUUUAUGAAGAACCAAUAUCCAGACCAUAAAAAUUGGCCAGAAGCAAAGAUAUCAUUUAUGAAGCACUUGAGGGAAUCGAAUAUUGCAUUUCAAAAUGAACAGGCGCGAAUUCUUGCUGAUUCGGAUUUAACGAAUAAAGGUUUGAGGCCCUUAAUAGAUUCGGAAGAUUGCAAAGACAUGCCUACGACGAUGGAUAAACUUAGAAUUAUAAAGAGUUGUCAAGAAACCGACAUCGAAACAAGUCUCAGCGUACACUUUGAUGUGUACAACAGAGAUGUUCAAAAUUUUCGGAAGACGAGUCCGCCAAAGCCGCAUUUUAGAGUUGUCUGUUUAGAAGAAUCAUCAAGCUUUCCAUCGGCUGCAAACAUAACUGCUCUUCAUUCACUCUACCAAGACAACGUGGCCAUUGUUUUUGCAAUUACUAGCAUCGAAUCCGUUUCCUACAUACAAAUCAAUCCUAUAGACUUGCCCGUAUAUACACCGAAAAUCGAUCUAGUGUAGCAUUUUAAUUUGUACAAAUAAAUAAGGUUUUAGGACUGUCUUGCCAUAGAGGUUGGUGCCAAAAUUGGGUAUGUGCAUAAUGAAAUCUAACAACGCCGUAAGAUAGAUUUCUUAAAUGUAAUAGAUACGUAUUUCUUAUUUGUUUUAGUCUUACGUAUUAUUUUUUUUUUUGUAUAAAAGAUGAUCCUUUCAGAGAUGCAGACUUUUUUGUGCAUGUAACAUUAUUACAGUGAAAUUAACAUUAUCUAUCUUAAAUUUUAAAUUAAUUUUGCGAUUACUUUUGCCAGCACAAUUAUUCCUAUCCCAACUUACGUGUACAUAAAUUGCACUUUUAUGGUGAGACAGUAAAUGUGUCUUACAUGUAAUCAAGAAUGUUGAUUGUUUUUGUAAAUGAUUGAAGUUUUUAUUAUGUUAUAUUAAGACUGUCAAACUUUGUCUUGUAAAUGUGUUUUAAUUAUAUUUUACUGAUACAAUUUUAGUUAUGAUUUUAGACAGGAGAUAAAUUAUUUUUCAUGCUUUCUUCAAUAGGGACUUAAAUAUCAAAUGUCAUAUAAGUAAUAAUAUUUAAAACAUUUUUUUAUUGAAAAAUAUAUCACUAUGAAAUUG